GGUACCCUCCCAACCCUCCCUGGCUGGAAAGGGAUGGAAAGGACAGGAUUUGGGCUGGCAGGGGCUGGAAGGGGCAGGAUUUGGGCUGGCAGGGGAUGGAAGGGGCAGGGUUUGGGCUGGCACAUCCCUGGGAUGGAAGGGGCAGGAUUUGGGCUGGCACAUCCCCAGUCCCAUUCCCUGUGCCCUCCCAGGCUGGCAGGGGAUGGAAAGGGCAGGGUUUGGGCUGGCACAUCCCUGGGAUGGAAAGGGCAGGAUUUGGGCUGGCACAUCCCUGGGAUGGAAAGGACAGGAUUUGGGCUGUUGGGAUUUGGGCUGGCAGGAUUUGGGCUGGCAUGUUCCUGGUACUCUCCCUGUGCCCUCCCUGCCUGGCAGGAUUUGGACUGGCACAUUCCCUGUGGGCAGGAGCUGGAAAGGGCAGGAUUUAGGCUGGCACAUCCCCAGUCCCAUUUCCCUGUGCCCUCCCUGGAUGGCAGGGGCUGGAGGGGCUGGAUUUUGGGCUGGCAGGAUUUUGGCUGGCACGUUCCUGGCAUGGAAGGGGCAGGAUUUGGGCUGGCAGGAUUUGGGCUGGCAGGAUUUGGGCUGGCACCAGGCAGGUGCUGUUGGGUUUUUCCCUUCGGGGUUGAUGGCAGCCAUUUCCUCCCCUCCCUUCCUCUUGCCCUCCUGGCAUCUUUGUUUCCUUCCUGCUGUUUCUGUUUCCUUCCCAACAUUUUUGUUUCAUUCCCAAAUUUUUUAUUUCCUUCCCAACGUUUUUUGUUUCCUCCUUGGUGUUUCCUUCCUGGUGUUUCUGUUUCUUUCCCAAUUUUUUUUUAUUUCCUUCCCAGAGUUUUUAUUCCCUUCCCAAAGGAAACCAAAUUUCAGUUUUGGUUUUCAUUUCAUUCCCAGCAAUUCCCUCCCUGCUCAGCUGGGAUCACAACAAACCUGAACUCUUGGCCAGGGAGGGAAUUUGGGAAUUUAUUUGGGGGAAUUUGGGAAUUUAUUUGGAGAUUUUUGUCCAGCCAGGGUGGGAAUUUGGGAAUUAAUUUGGGGGAAUUUGGGAAUUUAUUUGGGGGAAUUUGAGAAUUUAUUUGAGGAUUUUUGUCCAGCCAAGGUGGGAAUUUGGGAAUUAAUUUGGGGGAUUUUGGGACUUUAUUUGAGGGAAUUUGGGAAUUUAUUUGGAGGUUUUUGUCCAGCCAGGGUGGGAAUUUGGGAAUUAAUUUGAGGGAAUUUGGGGAAUUAAUUUGGGGGAAUUUGGGAAUUUAUUUGGGGGGAUUUGGGAAUUUAUUUGCAGAUUUUUGUCCAGCCAGGGUGGAAAUUUGGGAAUUUUUUGGGGGGAAUUUGGGAAUUUAUUUGGAGGUUUUUGUCCAGCCCAGGUGGGAAUUUGGGAAUUUAUUUGAGGGAUUUUUGCCCAGCCAGGGUGGGAAUUUGGGAAUGAAUUUGGGGGAAUUUGGGAAUUUAUUUGGAGAUUUUUGCCCAGCCGGGGUGGAAAUUUGGGAAUUAAUUUGGGGGAAUUUGGGAAUUUAUUUGGAGGUUUUUGUCCAGCCCAGGUGGGAAUUUGGGAAUUAAUUUUGGGGAAUUUGGGAAUUUAUUUGGAGAUUUUUGUCCAGCCCAGGUGGGAAUUUGGGAAUUUAAUUGAGGGAUUUUUGCCCAGCCAGGGUGGGAAUUUGGGAAUUUUUUGGGGGGAUUUUAGGAAUUUAUUUGGAGAUUUUUGUCCAGCCGGGGUGGAAAUUUGGGAAUUUAUUGGGGGGAAUUUGGGAAUUUAUUUGGAGGUUUUUGUCCAGCCAGGGUGGAAAUUUGGGAAUUUUUGGGGGGGAUUUUGGGAAUUUAAUUGAGGGAUUUUUGCCCAGCCAGGGUGGGAAUUUGGGAAUUUAUUUGGGGGGAUUUUAGGAAUUUAUCUGAGGGAUUUUGGUCCAGCCAGGGUGGGAAUUUGGGAAUUUAUUUGGGGGAUUUUAGGAAUUUAUCUGAGGGAUUUUGGCCCAGCCAGGGUGGGAAUUUCCCCUCUCCUCUCCUCUCCUCCUACCCCCAAAAAAACCACUUGAAAACCCCAAAUCUGCUGUACCUGGCACCCCAAAUCCCUUUGGCAGCUGAAUUUGGGGCAAAUCCAACUAAACCCGGGUGCCCCACUGGAGCCUCCUCCCCUCACAGGCACUUUAGGGAUUCUGUUGCUUUUUCCUUUUUUAGGGAUUUUUUUUUUCUUCUUUCAAUUUAUCACCUCCUAAAAAUUGCUUUUUUUUUCCCCCCUUUGUGUGGAGAGAGUCAGUGUUGGUUGCUUGCUUGGUUGAUUGUUUAUUUUUCUCUUUAAAAAAAAAAAAAUAGAAUUAUUUAUAGAGAAA